AUGGAUCCCACCAGGACUUUUGUCAAGAAUGCUAAGCGGGUUGUCUUCAAGAUAGGGACAGCCGUGGUUACUAGGGAUGAUGGAAGAUUGGCAGUUGGUCGGCUUGGAGCCAUUUUUGAGCAGCUUCAAAUACUUAAUUCUCAAGGCUAUGAGAUCAUUUUAGUGACAUCAGGUGCGGUCGGAGCUGGACGGCAAAGGCUAAGAUACAGGAGACUAGUUAAUAGCAGUUUCUCUGACCUACAAAAGCCGCAAGUGGAACUCGAUGGAAAAGCUUGCGCAGCCGUUGGACAGAAUGGUCUUAUGGCUUUGUAUGACAAUUUGUUCAGUCAGCUAGAUGUAACGCCUUCUCAACUCCUAGUUACCGACAAUGAUUUCAAGAAUCCUGAGUUCAGGUCUCAACUUACUGAGACAGUCAAUACAUUGCUAUCGCUGAGAAGUAUUCCUAUCUUUAACGAGAAUGAUGCUAUCAGUACUCGUAGAACUCCGUACGCGGAUUCUUCCGGUAUAUUUUGGGAUAAUGAUAGCUUGGCAGCUCUACUGGCACUUGAGCUGAAGGCUAACCUUCUUGUUCUGUUGAGUGACGUGGAAGGCCUUUAUAGCGGCCCUCCUAGCGAUCCACGUUCAAAGCUGAUCCACACAUACAUUAAAGAGAAACAUGAUGGCCAAAUAGCAUUUGGCGACAAAUCUCGUGUUGGAAGAGGAGGAAUGGUGGCGAAAGUAAAGGCUGCCUCCAGUGCUGCUGAUGCGGGUACUCCUGUGAUCAUCACUAGUGUAAGGAUUAACAUUGGCCUUUUGUUUUUCUCUUUGGGAAGUGGUUUUGAUGCAAACAAUAUUACAAAAGUGCUGCAUGGACAACGAAUUGGUACCCUUUUUCAUAGAGAUGCGCAUAUGUGGGUUACACUCACUGAUAUUGGUUCUCGCGAGAUGGCAGCUGCAGCCAGGGACUGUUCAAGGAGGCUUCAGAAAUUAUCAUCAGAGGAAAGGAAGAGCAUAUUAAUGGAUGUCGCCACUGCACUGGAGCAAAAUGAGGAUGCAAUUAGGGCUGAGAAUGAUGCUGAUGUUAGCGCAGCACGUAAAGCAGAAUAUGAUGAUUCGUUAGUUUCUCGUUUGCUUUUGAAACCUGGAAAGAUUUCUGCCCUGGCAAAAUCAAUCCGUACAAUUGCUGAGAUGAAGGACCCAAUCGGCCAGGUCCUGCAGACAACGGAGGUUGCUGCUGACCUUGUUCUAGAGAAAAUAUCAUGUCCACUGGGAGUCUUGUUGAUUGUUUUUGAAUCCCGUCCAGAUGCACUCGUACAGAUAGCUUCAUUAGCGAUUCGAAGUGGUAACGGUUUGCUGUUGAAAGGGGGGAAAGAGGCUCAUCGCUCCAAUGCAAUCCUGCACAAGAUAAUUACAUCAGCAAUUCCUGACUCAGUUGGUCAAAAGCUUAUUGGGCUGGUUACUUCCAGGGAUGAGAUACCUGAUCUUCUCAAGCUCGAUGAUGUGAUAGAUCUGGUCAUACCUAGAGGCAGCAACAGUCUUGUUUCUCAAAUCAAGAAUAGUACCAAAAUUCCAGUUCUAGGUCAUGCUGAUGGAAUUUGUCAUGUUUUUAUUGAUAAGUCCGCCAAUAUGGAGAUGGCGCGACAAAUCAUAAUGGAUGCGAAGCUGGAUUACCCCGCUGCCUGUAAUGCCAUGGAAACCCUCCUUGUACACAAGGAUCUGACAGCUGCUGCUGGGUUUCAGGAGCUCAUUGUAGAACUAAAACAUGAAGGAGUAAAUCUAUUUGGUGGACCGAGAGCAAGUUCUCAGUUCAACCUCACACCAGCAGACUCAUUUCACCAUGAGUACAACUCGAGAGCUUGCACGAUAGAGGUUGUUGAUGAUGUCUAUGGAGCCAUUGACCACAUACAUGCACAUGGAAGUGGCCACACUGAAUGUGUUAUUACUGAUGACGCCGAAGUUGCUGAAUGUUUUCUGAGCCAAGUUGACAGUGCUGCAGUAUUUCAUAAUGCGAGUACACGAUUUUGUGAUGGGGCGCGAUUUGGACUUGGGGCUGAGGUUGGAAUAAGUACCAGCAAGAUUCAUGCGCGAGGACCUGUUGGGGUGGAAGGACUAUUAACAACAAAAUGGGUGCUUAGAGGCAAAGGCCAAGUUGUCCAAGGUGAUCAAGGAGUUGAUUACACUCACAAGAAACUUGAAAAUGAGCAGCACUAA